AUGGAACACAGCGUUCCCCCCGCCCCUCGUCACGGCUCCGCACAGUUCCAGGGCAAAUCUCUCUAUGUGUUUCACUGUGCCAGGAUGGUAGGUUCAAUAAAAACGACACUACAAUAAGUAGGUUAUCAUGCAUAUAUAAGAUUCUAUUGGGAUUCCUCUUAUUGCUGUUAUUUCACUGCCUCUAAUGACGAUGGCAACAAACACACAAAGUAUUUAAAAUAAACAAAAGACAAAAAUAUAUUGUGAAUCAAAAUGCUGAAUAUGUAUGCCAUUUAGAAGACGCUUUUGCGAUUUACAGUCAUGCGUGCAUACAUUUAGCUUCUCCUUCUAACCUUUCAUGUCUUACCUUGAAUCUAGCCAUACUUGUUGCAGUGAGCAGGGUGAGGAGGUUUGUAUUAAAGUAUCGUGGCUCAAGCUUGGCAUUUGUUGCAUGGCCAAUAGUUUGUGCUGCUGUGUGACAUAUCUUUUGUUUUGGGCCCCUGGCAGUGUGAUCAGUCUGGCUCUGACCUACUUUCCUCCUAACUUCAUACCUGCAACGCUAUUUCUAUCCCUGACAUGAGAUUGGAGGAGCAGCACACAGCAUCUUCAACUGGACCCAGUUUUACCCUUAUUAUCAGCAUCUGGUCAACCUACAUUGGUCACACUGGUCAAUUUACACUGAGUGUACAAAACAUUAAGGACACCUUCCUAAUAUUGCGUUGUGCACCCUCAAUUCGUCUGGGCAUGGAAUCUACAAGGUGUCAAAAGCAAUCCACAGGGAUGCUGGCCCAUGUUGUGGUCCUCUGUAGCUCAGCUGGUAGAGCACGGCGCUUGUAACGCCAAGGUAGUGGGUUCGAUCCCCGGGACCACCCAUACACAAAAAUGUAUGCACGCAUGACUGUAAGUCGCUUUGGAUAAAAGCGUCUGCUAAAUGGCAUAUUAUUAUUUAUUAUUUGACUCCAAUGCUUCCCACAGUUGUGUCAAGUUGGCUGGAUGUCCUUUGGGUGGUGGACCAUUCUUGAUACACACGGGAAACUGUUGAGUGUGAAAAACCCAGCAGCGUUGGAGUUCUUGACACAAACCGGUGCGCCUGACACCUACUACCAUACCCCAUUCAAAGGCACUUAAAUAUUUUGUCUUGCCCAUUCACCCUCUGAAUGGCACACAUACACAAUCCAUGUCUCAAUUGUCUCAAGGCCUAGAAAUCAUUCUUUAACCUGUCUCCUCCCCUUCAUCUACACUGAUUGAAAUUGAUUUAACAAGUGAUAUCAAAUCAAAUUAAGCUUUAUUUAUACAGCACAUUUCAGACAUGGAAUGCAACACAAUAUGCUUUACAGGAAAAAAAUUAUAUUAAUAAUAAAAACAUACAUAUUUACUACACAACAAACAUAAGAGGAUAAAAACAAAAUAAUAACAGUAAAAAAACAGAAUGACUAAAAAGCACACUAAGGAAAAGCAAAGCUAAAAAAGGUGUGUUCUAAGAUCUCUUUUAAAAAUGUCAACAGUUUCGACCCUCCUCAGGUUCUCUGGCAGGCUAUUCAAGAGGCUGGGGGCAUAGUAACUAAAGGCUGCCUCUCCAUGCCUCUUGGUUCUAGGCUUUGGGAUAGUUAAAAGGCCAGUUCCAGAGGACCUGAGGGACCUACUGGGUACAUAACUUAAAAGCAUGUCUGACAUGUAUUGAGGUGCACAAUCAUGGAUUGAUUUAAAAACCAAUAGAUUAAUCUUAAAAUUAACUCUAAAAAUCACAGGCAGCCAGAGCAGAGACCUUAAAACCGGUGUAAUGUGUGCUCUCCAUCUGGUCUUGGUCAGUACCCGUGCUGCAGCAUUCUGUAUGUUUUGCAGUUGACCAAUGGCUUUCUUGGGGAGACCAGAAAGGAGAGCAUUACAGUAGUCAAGCCUGCUGGUAAUAAAAACAUGGAUGAGUUUCUCUGUAUCAGCCUGAGAGAGAAACAGCCGCACCUUGGCAAUGUUCCUCAGGUGGUAAAAAUCUAUUAUUGACACAUUCCUAAUGUGUGAUUCAAAAUUGAGUUCAGAAUCUAAAAUAAAUUAAAAUGUGUGGCUAGAUUCUCUCUCUGUGCUUUGGCUCCAACAAUAAGUACCUCAGUCUUGUCUUGAUUUGGCUGGAGGAAGUUGUGAGCCAUCCAAGUAUUUAAAAUCACUAAUACAUUCUAAUAAUUUAUCCAUGGACCUAAAAUCCUCUGGUGACAUGGAAAUGUAAAGUUGUGUAUCGUCUGCGUAGCAGUGAAAAUCAAUGCUGUGCUUUCUGAUAACGCUGCCAAGGGGUAACAUAUAAAAACUGAACAGUACCGGACCCAAAAUCAAACCUUGUGGAACGCCACAUGUGUUAUGUAUUUUCUCUGAGUUAUGUUCACCAAGGGUGAACAAACUCUUGACUGGUUAAAUAGGUCCUUAGAAAUGGACCGGAGAGGCCAACCCACCUCUCUAGUCUGUCCAGAAGGACAUCAUGAUCAACAAUGUCGAAUGCAGCUCUUAAAUCCAAGAGUACAAGGACAGAGAGCUGUUUGGCAUCUGUGUUGGCUCUAAGAUCAUUUACCACUUUAACUAAGGCUGUCUCUGUGCUGUGGUGGGCCCAAAAACCAGAUUGGAAUUUUUCUAAAAUACAGUUGGCACUUAAAAAAGAAUUUAGCUGUUUGAAAACCAAUUUCUCCAGAAUUUUGCUUAAGAUGGAAGGUUGGAGAUUGGCCGAAAAUUGCUAAGAGCUGAAGAAUCUAGAUUACUUUUCUUCAGAAGGGGUUUCACAAUAGCAGUUUUUAGUGCAGUGGGGAAAGUGCCUGUGAACAGAAAGUGAUUAACAAUAGCUUGCACUUCUUCAGAUAUGCAAUUAAAAACUGUUUUGAAGAAGGUGGUGGGGAUAGGAUCGAGAAGGCAAGUAGAAGGCUUAAGUUGUGAUAUCACUUAUCUGAGCAUGUCUGUGUCAACCAGGGAAAAUAAAUCCAUAGUGCCUUUGCGUGGUAGGCUAGGGCACAUAUCAUCAAACUUCUUAUCAGGUCUUGCUUGACUGAUACCCAGCCUAAUGUUUGUUAUCUUAUCUCUGAACUAUGCUGCAAACUCAUCACAUUUAGAAGUUCACAUAGGUUUGCGGGGGUAGGAUUUAUCAGGCCAUCAAUGGUCAAGAAGAGCAUUCUCAAAUUAUUCUGAUUAUUAGUGAUCAAGUUAGAAAAAUGAGCCCGUCUGGCAUUUCUAAUUGCGUUAUUGCUCUCUCAGAAUAUCAUAAUGGACCUGCAACUUUGACUUUCUUCACUUCUGCUCUGCCUUUCUGCAAUUUCUCUUUAAUUUAUUAGUUUCUUCACUCAUCCAAGGGGCUUUCCGUUUGGAUGAGGCCUUUUUCAACUUUACUGGAGCUAUGGCAUCAAUGGUUGCCCUUAAUUUUCUAUUAAUGUUAUCAACUAAAUCAUCACAAGAGGAAGGCAGAAUAGGUGAUGGAGUAUUGUUCAUACACUCAAUGAAAUCUUUAGAGGUAAGAUCUUACUUCAGAGGUAAGAUAGCGUUUCUUAAUAAUGCGUUCAGUAUUACUGUCACGAUCGCUCAUGAACGAGAAGGACCAAGGCGCAGCGUGAUAUGUAUUCAUAUUUAUUUCACGAAUAAACGCACAACCAAAACAACAAACGAAACGUGACGUCCAAGGUAGACAAAUAACAUACCUCACACGGAACAAGAUCCCACAACUACCAGGUGCCAAACGGCUGCCUAAGUAUUGUCCCCAAUCAGAGACAACGAGCAACAGCUGCCUCUGAUUGGGAACCACUCAGGCCAACAUAGAUCUAUACAUACUAGAUCUAACCAUAGACAAUAAACAUAGCACAACACGACACCGAAAAUACACACCCUGACUCAACAAAUACGAGUCCUAGAGUCAGGGCGUGACAGUACCCCCCCACCCAAAGGUGCGGACUCCGACCGCGCCACAUAAACAUAACAGGGUAGGGGCCGGGUGGGCAUUCCGCCUCGGAGGCGGAUCCGGCUCCGGGCGUGACCACCACUUACUCUCCACCUCCCUGUUGCGCCCCUGGUCUGGUCUGGACCUCGGCGCGCUGCUUCCCCUCUCCUUCCUCCCACGACGUACCAAGCCCUGUCUGGACCCUGGUGUGGGAGACCCCGAACCUGGAGAGGGGCUGACGUCUGGGUCUGGACUGGAACUGCUGACUGGAGCUGGACCCGACGACGGUGGAUCGAACUGCUCUGGCUCCGGAGUGGAGCCGCUGACCGGAGCUGGAUUAGGCACCGUGGAGCGGAUUGCUCUGGCUCCGGAGUGGAGCAGCUGACCGGAGCUGGACCGGACCCCGGUGGAGCGGAUUGCUCUGGCUCCGGAGUGGAGCAGCUGACCGGAGCUGGACCGGACCCCGGUGGAGCGGAUUGCUCUGGCUCCGGAGUGGAGCCGCUGACCGGAGCUGGACUGGACCCCGGUGGAGCGGAUUGCUCUGGCUCCGGAGUGGAGCAGCUGACCGGUGCCGGACCAGGCACCGGUGGAACAGGCACGGGCCGUGCCGGACUGGACACACGCACCACUGGCUUGGUGCGGGGAGCAGGAACGGGCCGGACCGGGCUGAAGACGCGCACCACUGGCUUGGUGCGGGGAGCAGGAACAGGCCGGACCGGGCUGGCGACGCGCACCACUGGCUUGGUGCGAGGGACAGGAACAGGCCGGACCGGGCUGGCGACGCGCACCACUGGCUUGGUGCGGGGAGCAGGAACAGGCCGGACCGGGCUGGCGACGCGCACCACUGGCUUGGUGCGAGGGGCAGGAACAGGCCGGGCCGGGCUGGCGACGCGCACCACUGGCUUGGUGCGAGGGACAGGAACAGGCCGGAUCGGGCUGGCGACGCGCACCACUGGUUUGGUGCGAGGGGCAGGAACAGGCCGGGCCGGGCUGGCGACGCGCACCACCGGUUUGGUGCGAGGGACAGGAACAGGCCGGGCCGGGCUGGCGACGCGCACCACUGGCUUGGUGCGAGGGACAGGAACAGGCCGUACCGGGCUGGCGACGCGCCCCACUGGCUUGAUGCGAGGAGCAGGAAUGGGCCGGACCGUACUGGGAACACACACCACUGGCUUAGUGCGAGGAGCAGGAACGGGUCGGGCCGUACUGGGAACACGCACCACUGGCUUAGUGCGGGGAUCAGGAACGGGCCGGACCGGACUGGCGACACACACCACUUGCUUGGUGCGAGGAGCGGGACUGGGUUCCCUUAUAAACCCCCGCUCCUUCUGCUGCCUAACCAGCUCCUCUCGCCGUGCCUCUACACUCUCCUUCUCCCUUAUAGCCUCCUGUAGCUCCUCCCUCUGACCAAAUAACUCCUGCUCCCUCUGGACCAAUAGCCCCCGUAACCUGGUGGCCUCCUAACCUGCAGAUUCGCCCUGUCGCUGCCUCCUGCUGCCUUGUCGUCCACACCGUGUGCCCCCCCAACAUUUUUUCUUGGGGUUGCCUCUCGGGUCUCCGUCGUCGGCACUGUUGGCGCCGUUUCUCCUCUCCUACCUGGGCAUCCUCAUUCAUCGCCCUCCGGUAACGGACGGCCUCCUCCUCCGUGAUUCUCCCCCAACCGAGGAGGACAUCUGCUAACGUAACCUCCUGUUUAAUUCCCGGCGUUUGCUCCUGAACACACUGCUUGGUCCUAUUUUGGUGGGAUCUUCUGUCACGAUCGCUCAUGAACGAGAAGGACCAAGGCGCAGCGUGAUAUGCAUUCAUAUUUAUUUCACGAAUAAACGCACAACCAAAACAACAAACGAAACGUGACGUCCAAGGUAGACAAAUAACAUACCUCACACGUAACAAGUUCCCACAACUACCAGGUGCCAAACGGCUGCCUAAGUAUUGUCCCCAAUCAGAGACAACGAGCAACAGCUGCCUCUGAUUGGGAACCACUCAGGCCAACAUAGAUAUAUACAUACUAGAUCUAACCAUAGACAAUAAACAUAGCACAACACGACACCGAAAAUACACACCCUGACUCAACAAAUACGAGUCCUAGAGUCAGGGCGUGACAAUUACCCUGUGAUAUGGUCAACAAGGUAGUAAAGAAUACACAGUGGUGAUCAGAUAAAGCAUCAUCAACAAUAGAGAAUGUCAAUAGAAAGCCCCUUGGGAAUAAUCAGGUCCAGAGUAUGGCUGCGGUUAUGGGUGGGCCCAGUAGAGCUCAAAAUAUUAAGAAAUUCAAUGGCCAAUGGUCUCUUUCUCAACAUCAAUAUUAAAAUCACCCAACACAAAGAUUUUAUCAUAGUUCUCAAGGACAAUAGACAAUAGUAAAGAAAAAUCAGUAAAGAGUGGGGCAGUGCUUUGGUAGCCUAUACAGGGUUAUGGCCAGCAAUGGUGGCUGACAUUUAAACAGUAUAGCAUGAUGCUCAAAAGACCCAAAGUCGCCAAAUGAAAUGGCCUUACAGCUGAGAGCAUUAGUAAAAAUAGAAGCUGUCCCCCCACCCUUUUCCCCUUUUCUGAUAGAGGGGGGGGGGGGGGGGGGGGGCUUCACUAAGAGCGGCACUACAGUCUGAAGACAGCCAUGUUUCAGUGACAUGCAAUCAACUUUGCGCUCAGUAAUGAGGUCAUUCACGAGGAAGGUUUUACUAAUUCACGAGGAAGGUUUUACUAGUGAUUGCUCUACUGCCUAGAGGUAACCAAUGUAAUAACAACCAAACUAUUAACAUUACAACCACGUUUUCUGACAGUCUCCAAUCUAUCAGAAUGGUAGGAGAUGACAGUUUGUAUAAACUCACUAGAAGGCGGAGUUAAAGGAACAUAAAUUAGGUUACUCACAAUAACCAUAGUGCAAUUUCUAUAGGAGUUGAUAUGGUUUCCAAGUCCUCUGUUGCUUAUUCUGAUGGGGAGAACUGGAGCACUACCAGACCCUGUCUGUCAGUCUCUAAAACAGUUUGUGAUGUUGUUGGAAAUAAUACUGGAACCCCUGCGGUUAGGGUGAAUCUCGUCUCUUUUAAAAAUUGCUCCCACAGCAAAUCAAAGUUGUCACAAAAAGAGACAUUCCUGUCGUUGCAAAGUUUCUUCAGGUACUCGUUUAGGGCAAAGAGUUGGCUAAAACGUUCCGGGAGGACAGGAGGGGGCCAGAGAUAACUAUUCUCUUCCCUGUGCUAACGAGGGUCUUUAAAAAAUAAUUGUAGUCCUCCUGCCUAAAACGAAGGUUGUUAAAACCUACGUGAGUGACGAUGGUGUCAAUAUUGGAGUACUUGGCCAGAACCGUGGGCAGGAGAAAGUUGAUGUCAUGGACACGGGCUCCUGGGUGACAGCGGACCUUGGUCAGUCCACAGACCGUAGGCAGGCCAACAUCUCUCACCAUCGAGCUGCCCACAAUGAUAGUGGUAGUGAUGGAAUCCGAUGGGGAAACGACCUGCUGAACUGUGGUGGCCGUGGGGGAGGGUGCCACUGGACGGCCGCCGGCUGUUAGUAUACACCCAGGAUCUGUGCUGACUCCCGGGGCUGGUAGGUCCGUCUCAAGUGGGGCAAAGCUGUUUGAUAGCUGGAUCAGACCUUCUCGGAUUAACGGGUGGCCAGACUGCCUCCCCGAUCUCCUACGCCUUACAAGUGUCCAGUCUCCCAUGGGCCGCGGAGUUGAGCCUAACAUCUGUCCAUUGGAUUAGAACAGAUCAACGCCGCCCGACUCAUCAACAGCUUUGCUAUAGGAGGCAUUUAAAACUGAGAUUUGGUUUGCCUGAGUUACAGCAAGGUCGGUGUACUUAGAAAGCAGGUUUUCCUUUUCUCGCAGCUGAGCUAACAGCCAGAGGAUCUCUUCCCUAAGAUGCUUGAUGGUGGUGCAUUUAGGGCAGACAAAUUUCUGUCCAGUUUCCAGUUCCACCUUAUCUUCAUCUUGUGAUUGUGUGGAAAUGUAAUCUCACACCUGAAAUAUCUGUAUAUUAUAUCUUAUACCAGUGGGCUAGCACUGCUAGCAUUAGCUUGCUCCAUUUUCAUGAUGGCUAGCAGCUAACUGUUACUUAACAGGAAUCCGGGACACAAACGUGCGGUCCCAACCAUGUUGCAGAAUCAGUAGCAAUACAAACUUUAGCUAUGAUUUUAAAACGAUUUAAUGAAAACGAUUUCAUAAAAACAACAAACCAAGUGUAGGCAGUACACUGUUCUGUUGCGUGCUCUGAUGACGUCUGUUCAAUAAGGGAUCAUAGCUUUCACCUGGAUUCACCUGGUCAGUCUAUGUCAUGGAAAGAGCAGGUGUCAAUGUUUUGUGCACUCAGUGUAUAUCUGUACUAUACAGCUGCUUAGGGCUAUUUCUCAGAAGCAGAAACCCCUAAACUAAUUAUUGUGGUCAGGUCAGGACAGCGUACUUAAUAACAUGCUGUUGCUUAGCAGAGAGGAACUGGACAGGACAAGCGAUUCUAAGUGGGGAUAAUUCAAAAGACAAACAGCUGUGAAUUUACAUGUAUUUGAUUGACACAUCUUGGGGAAAAAAGCAGGACGUACAUUUAUGCAAAGUAGAGCAAAGGCUUUAGAACAACCUCCAAUAUGCCUCCCCAUAGUAACAUUACUGGAUAUAUUUAGAAAUGCUUUCCGAUAUUUGAAGCCUGGUUUUACCAAUGUAGGUUAACCAAAAUGUUAUAUUUAAUUGUGUUUGAUGUGUUUUCAGAGGCCAGCCAUGGAGGACAGGAGACUUCUCCCUGCAGGGGGAGCAGGUGAUCCAAAAGCAAAGCUCGUGCCCUUAGUGGUCAAAACUGAGCCGGACACAAAGACCCGUAGGGUGAGAGAGGAGGCGAAGCCUACCAUUCCCAUCAGGGUUAAAAAAGAGGACCUCUCUGAAGUGCCCCUCAAAGUGCCCAGAUUCCAGUAUGUGGACUUCCCUUCGCUGCACCAGUGCAUCCAGCAAUUCACUGUGCCACCCCUGGACAGCUGGCUGGAGGACUUUCCCCCGGCCCUGGGAAGACCCUCUGGAGGACGCACCCCUGUCACUUCCAAGGAGAGAGUUCCCAAGUUUAAGUAUGUAGAUUAUCCCUCUCUGCACCACUGCAUCCAGCAGUUGUCUGUGCCACCUCUGGAGAGCUGGAGCUCGGGGUUGGCCAGGUCAGGGUGUGGGGUGACAGGGGGACCUGGAUCCACCACCUCUCAGCCCAGCUCUGUGAGGGGGAAUCAGACAAUACAGGGAGAUGGUUCAGCAUCGGCUCACAAGCAGGACAAGUAUACUGCUUUCCCCUUCCCUGGUCCUGACUCCGGCUCCAUCCAGUGUGUGACCUCCUCAAACAAGGCAUCCCAUAAGCCUCAGCGGCUUCAGGUGAGCUUGAGCAGUCCACCCCGAGCCAGGCCUGCAUUAAGCUCACAGGGGGAAGAGACUUGCCAUAAGGUGGUGUGUUCAGAUCAGCUGUCUCAAAAGUCCUCUAAUCCCAAAUCUUUGGUUGCUGGAAUGAAGCGUGUCAGAGGAGCAGAGCCACUCCAUCAGAGCAAUAGGAAGUCAGCUGGUGAUGAUGAUUGGCAUGCAGACCUAAACAAAUCUCCCCAAAGUCAUCAAGAGGCCCAAGUAAAGCUCAGUGACUCUCCUGACCUAGGACAAGGGUUUUGGAGAACCAUCCCAGUCUGUCUGCCCCUUUUGCCAAAAGAUGUUUUCAGAUCCAGAGGAAUUGCCGAUCCACCAGAAGAGUCACAGAGAAAAGGUGAGUCUGUAGUACCUUGAAAAUGUUCUGAAUAUGUGACAAAUCCUUCUUUAACUGAUCAAAUUGUGUAUCAAACAAUGAUGAAUCUUGUUUCAUUUUUGUCAUAUCAUUUCAGAAGCCACAUUGAUGUCUUGACCAAGGAAAUGUACAGCUGACAACAAUGAACAUCUUAAAAACUGUGCAUCUACUUCAGUACUUGCUACACAGGCGUGGACUAGGGCAGGCUUCUCCACAAAUUAUUGGUCACCUGAUAAGAGUUCCACUGAGGUGGUUUUGAGUGUUUAUCUUGAUUACCUAAGUGAGGGACUACAAACAAACCACUUUAGCGAAGAGCUUCAUUCAUAAUUCAGUCUAGGAAUUAAGCUUUCAAUGGGAAAGACUGACCUGCAGUGGCUCUUGAUGGUCUUACAACUCCUUAUUUACCUAUGGGUUCAUUUGCCAGGAGGUGGUACACAUUAGAUGAGAUAUAACAAGGAAAUUAGCCAUUUGAUGUUGUUUAAAUUAAAAAUGUCAGGAAUUAGAUUGAAAUGCAAUGCAUACAUUUUUGUAUUACUGUAGUUGAGAAUUAGGCUUUCAUUUAUUUUCCUUAAAAGGGAUGCCAACCUUGUUUACUGGAGAUGGCUGCCUGUUCAGUAUUUCAACAUAAUUAUCUAGCUUUGGGUGCCUAUAAAACCUUUAACUUUUGAAAUGCUGC